GUGAAUCAGGGGAACAUGCCGGGCAUCCAGAGCACCUUCCUUGCCAUGGACACAGAGGAGGGUGUGGAGGUGGUGUGGAAUGAGCUGCUCUUCACUGACAAGAAGGCCUUUAAAGCACACGAGGAGAAGAUCAAGACCAUGUUUGAGCAGCUGGUGCUUGUGGAUCACCCCAACAUCGUAAAGCUUCACAAAUACUGGCUGGAUGUGAAAGACUCCAAGGCACGGGUCAUCUUCAUCACAGAGUACGUGUCCUCAGGGAGCCUGAAACAGUUCCUGAAGAAAACGAAGAAAAACCACAAGGCCAUGAACGCCAGGGCCUGGAAGCGCUGGUGCACUCAGAUCCUGUCUGCUCUCAGCUUCCUGCACUCCUGCGAGCCUCCCAUCAUCCACGGCAACCUCACCAGCGACACCAUCUUCAUCCAGCACAACGGUCUCAUAAAGAUUGGUUCAGUCUGGCACAGGGUGUUUGCAAAUGCCCUCCCGGAUGACCUGCGAAGCCCCAUCAGGGUUGAGAGGGAAGAGCUACGCAACUUACAUUUCUUUCCCCCGGAGUAUGGCCAAAAGGCUGACGGGACUGCUGUGGACAUCUUCUCCUUCGGGAUGUGUGCACUGGAGAUGGCAGUGCUGGAGAUCCAGACUAAUGGGGACACGCGGGUCUCGGAGGAGGCAAUCAUGCGGGCACGACAUUCUGUGGACGAUCCGAACAUGCGGGAGUUCAUUCUGUCAUGCUUGACCCUCAACCCAGACAAGCGACCAACAGCUAAUAACCUGCUCUUCCACCGGGUGCUCUUUGAGGUCCACUCCCUCAAGCUGCUGGCAGCACACUGCUUCAUCAACAACCAGUAUCUGAUGCCAGAGAAUGUGGUGGAGGAGAAGAUAAAGGAACUGGACCUGAACAUGGUGAUGGCAGAGAUACGGAGAGAGGGUCGUCCUGGAGCACAGUGGAGGUACUCGGAGGUCUCCUUCCUUGAACUCGACAAAUUCUUAGAAGACGUCAGGAAUGGGAUUUAUCCCCUGAUGAACUUCGCUGUUUCCAGACCCCAUGCCCUUCCACGUGCACUCUCCCAGCCCCAGGAGGACCCUCAGAAAGCCAAGACUCCCACCCCAGAGCCCUUUGAUGUGGAGACCAGGAAGGUGGUGCAAAUGCAAUGUAACAUGGAAUUGAACGAAGACAAGACCCAGUGGCACCUUACUCUUCUGCUGAUCCUGGAGGACAAAUUGCAUCGACAGUUGAGCUACGACUUGCUGCCCACUGAUAACUCCAAGGACUUGGCCACAGAACUGGUGCAUUAUGGAUUCAUCCAUGAG